AUGUCAAUCGUCCAAACCUACGACUCGUGGGGUCGAAAUGGAAACUCCACCAUAUCUCUGGACGCCAAAUCAGCAGCGAGCAUGCCCGUGCUAGAACUAGCGCCAGGACUGAAAGCAAAGGCAGGUCCAUCGCAACCACUCAUUCUUGGAGUCAAUCCCCAGGUUAACAUGUUUCAGGUCUCCUACCACCACAACGCCAUGGCCGAAAAUCACCACUUUGGCGCGGCUCACCCCAUGAAACCAUGGAGGCUCACAUUAACGAACCAAUUAGUCCUUGGCUACGGGUUGCAUGAACAUAUGGACACUUAUUCCACGAGGCCGGCAAACGAGGACGAGCUCAAGGACUUUCAUGGGGAUGAUUAUCUGGAGUUCUUGAAACGGUGAGAUUCGGGUCGAACUCUCCGGACCAGGUUCACACUCAGUUUUCGUGGACCUAGCCCGAGCGCUAUACUGACCUUGCCGCCAGGGUAACGCCUCACAACACCCAAGAAUUCGCCAACGAUCUCUCAAAGUUCAACAUCGGCGACGAUUGUCCGAUCUUUGACGGCAUCUGGGAUUACUGCAGUCUGUACGCCGGCGCAUCCCUCGACGCAGCCAAAAAGCUGAUUAACCACCAGUCCGAUAUAGCGAUAAACUGGUCCGGAGGACUUCAUCACGCCAAGAAAUCGGAAGCUUCGGGGUUCUGCUACAUCAACGACAUCGUCCUGGCCAUACUCCAACUCCUCCGAUACCACCCGCGGGUAUUGUACAUCGACAUCGACGUCCACCAUGGAGACGGUGUGGAGCAAGCCUUCUUCUCGACGGACCGAGUAAUGACACUCUCCCUGCACAAAUACGACAAGGACAACUUCUUUCCCGGGACGGGCAAUUGGGACGACAUCGGAGGCGGCGCAGGUAAACACUACGCGUUGAACGUGCCAUUGAAGGAUGGCAUCGACGACGAGUCAUAUGUUCGACUAUUCAAGCAGAUUGUAGAGCCCGUUAUAGAAAAGUACUGCCCGACGGCCGUUGUCCUCCAAUGCGGAGCGGACUCGCUGGGGAGCGAUAAACUCGGUUGCUUCAACCUCAACAUCAAAGCCCACGGCGCGUGCGUAGAAUUCGUCAAGAAGUUCGGACUGCCGCUGCUCGUCCUCGGCGGAGGUGGCUACACCCCGCGCAACGUAUCACGGCUGUGGACCUACGAAACAGCGUACACACCCUCCCACAUCCCCAUGGCAAACGCGAGCACUAACACGUUCGCAGCAUCUGCGUAGGCGCUGAGAUCGAAGACGACCUGCCGGCACGGUCGCCGUACCGGGAGUAUUUUGGCCCAGACUACAAACUCCACCCACCCCUUAGCAAGGAAGGGAAGUACGAGAACAAGAACUCGAAGAAGUACCUGGAAAGCAUGAAGACGAAGAUCAUGGAGCACCUGCGCUUCAUCGACGGAGCGCCGAGCGUGCAGUUGCAGGAGAUUCCACCGGAUCUGGACAAUGUCCGCAGCGAGUUGAUCAAGCAGGAGGAGGAUUAGGCCACGGCGAUAAUGAUGAGAUGCGGGCGCCACAGGAGGGAGGUGAUUGUUUUCCCUCCUUUUUUUCUCCUUUUUUCUUUUUCGGUUUUUUUGUAACUUAGCCUUGUUUGCUCACUAUACUUGGGGUACCGCUAUCCGGAUUCGUGUUUUCCAUCCUGUAUAUCGAUCACGUGUUUGCAGAUUAAAUGAGAUGGGUUGCGCUAUGAUACCGCAGGUACUGUACUGUACAAUUCAGGAAAAUAGGAGGGUUUUCAAACCCAAUGGGCUUAUUUCCUCUGCCAUAAUUAGCAAAACCCUUAACCUAUCCAAUCCAACUCCACCCAUAUGAUUGAUACGUACUCGAGUACAGCACGAGUUCCCCAGCACCUACCGGUAUAGUAUGAUACCACACCAUAGCCCGUCCACCACCGCACCCGACACAUUAUCACCCCCCGCACGCAUCCACACAUAAUUCAGUAAACACCCACAUCCCACCAUGGACCCACCACCAACUCCCAAACAUACAACGCUCGGACAAUACGAGUACGACAUGAUACCGCACAGUACAAUAACCGGUAUAAGAUUCGACAACCCCCAUCUCAACCCGCAUCCCACAUACCGGUAGCACACAUCCAUACAUAGAUACAUAGACACACUAGCACCCACCCCAACCCGACACCGCACGCAAAAGGCAGUCCCGUCCCGUAGAUCAAACGAACCGACGGCGAAUUACGACAUUUCAAGUUUUCCAAAGCGUCCGAUAGUUACGGUACCACAACUGCAGUACCGUACUGUACAGUAAAGCCGUACCGACCCGAAACCCCCCCGACGACGACGACGACGACGACUCCGGUUAGUACGAUAUCGUAAUGGGUGGAACUAACCAAUAGACUCCCCCGAUCGUGAGCUAAGGUUUUUUACAGUUCGCACUGGCACUCGAGCCGUCGGCUGGUUUGAUCGAGCUCACUAUUGUAGACUGUUACCAUAAAUAAGUUGGGCCUCCCGUCGAUUCUGUGCUUUUGGGUUUAGUCUGUUGCGGUUGGUUUGUGGUUUACGGUACCUUUAUCGGGUUUUUUAUUCUGGGCUGAUACGGUACUAGAUAUACCUGUAGGCAUUCGAGUUGUUGCUGUACGGUAUGCAAGUUCUCACACUGGUAGUCUAACCUUGGGCUUGCUCGUAUGUGAUUUUUUUCUUCUUUUCUUCUACUCUAGUAAUUGCUGGCAUCUCUGGACUGUGCUUCAGCAGUGCUCGAGUGCUUCAAGGCUUAAAGGAUAAGGUUGAGGCAAUUAUCGUAGGGGAUGGCUGUGUCGGGGAGUAAGAUCGGGAAGGUCACGUCAUAAUAUAUUAAAUUUACCC